AUGCCAGCUGCUGACUGCUCCGGCCCCGCCAGGAGCCCCGUGCCCGGCACUCCGGCCCGCCCGCCGCCGCCAGCCACCCGCGGCAGCCCCGGCAGGAAGGAGCCGCCCGGGGCUGCUCCUCCCACGAGGGCAGCGGGGCUGGGGCUGGCCGGAGGCAGCACCACGACCCGCGGCACGGACCGGGGCCGGGGCCGGAUCCGGCCGGCAAGAGGCGGCACCAGGAGCCGCGGCACGGACCGGGACCGGGGCCGGAUCCGGCUGGCCGGAGGCAGCACCAGGAGCCGCGGCACGGACCGGGACCGGGGCCGGAUCCGGCUGGCCGGAGGCAGCACCAGGAGCCGCGGCACGGACCGGGACCGGGGCCGGAUCCGGCUGGCCGGAGGCAGCCCCGAAGGAGCGGAGCGCUUGCUCGGGGGCUGCAGCCGCUCCCGGCGGAACCGGCGGGAGGGACCGUCCCGUCCUUCCCGGCCCCGCAGCCGCGCUCCGGUGUCCCUGGCGGAGGAGGGGGCGCGGGACGGACCCCAGGCUCCUCUGUCGGGAAAACCGGGAGCACCGCGUUCCCAGCGCGGCCGCCGGGGCUGGGAGCUGCCCCCGGCCCGGGACAGCGCGGCUCGACCCCCGGACACAGAGGGACCCCAGCUCCCCCCCAGCCGAGGGACCCCGUCCUCCCCGUCCGCGGAGGAACCCCGGUACCCGCCGGCGGAGCCCCCCGACCCUGCCGAGAUACGGUCCCGGCAGGGCGCCUCGUCCCUGUCCCCGCAGCACAGGCACCGGGGAACGGAGCACACGCGGCCGGCCGAGGAGGGGCUCCACACGAGGGGAGGCAGUUUGUCACCACAGGACAGCGGGGAGGCCACCCGGCUGCAGCCCCGAGGCAAACGAGAGGACGCGGCUCUGCCCACACUUUCGGCCGCACCCCAGGGACGGGAGAGGCAGAGGCUCCCAGCGCUGUGGGAAGCGAUGCGACACUGA